GAGCUCCGACAACCCAACGUCCAUUGCAUCACGCAUUCAUUCCCCAACGCAACGUCUCGUCCUUUUGCAGCCAACAAACCAUGAAAAGCCUAAUCCGCAGUAGACAAGGCUGCUGGACAUGCCGCCUCCGCAAGAAAAAAUGCGACGAGCGCCAGCCUCUAUGUUCCACCUGUGAAUGGCUCUCCAUCACCUGCUACGGGUACGGGCCGAGACCGGAGUGGAUGGACGGCGGGCCGCAGGAGAAGGCUGUUGUGCAGGAGUUCAAGCAGAUUGUUAAGAGUACUUCGAGGAGGAAGCAGGGGUUUUUUGAUAGGGGAAAUGGUGAUACUGUGCGCAGGGGUAGGGAGAUAGCGCCUAGAGCUACGCCCCCGGGUACGGAGACGCCGGGUGCGGGUGCGGGGACCCCGAGUGCAGAGAAUGAGGCUGGUGGCGGGGGUGGCACGCCUGUGGGUGGCUCUAGCCUUGGGUCUGUCUCCGCAGAGGAGAGUACACUCCUCAUGAACUUCCUCGACGAAAUAUUUCCACUGCAGUACCCCGUCUACAAGCCAGAUUUAUUGGAAGGCGGCAGGGGCUGGCUCCUGCAGUUGCUCUUGCGGACAAAGCCGCUCUAUCACGCUGCGCUGGCGCUGAGCUCGUACCAUCUCAUGAUUAGCGGGCUCUCCAUGAUUAGUGCCGAAUGUCGCGUGUUUUCCGCCGUGAAAAAGGAAGAGCGGUUGGCCAUGUGCUUGGAGGAGGUGCAGCGGACGAUUCGAGAUGUCCAGGUGUUCACCAAAGAGAGAUCGCAUAACGCCUUGGGGCUGCUUGCUUCGGUGGUUCAGUUAGUCUUUUUAGAGCUCUUCGCCGGCGACCGCUCAGCCUGGAUGAUCCAUCUCGACGCAGCAGUCGACAUGUUCCAGAAAGGCCGCAGGGACGAACUACUCCACUGUGGUCUGACUCAAAAGUCAAAAGCCCUAAUCCAGCAUGGCAUGCCUCUGGGCCACUUCGACCCCGCGGACGACGGCGCCACGAUUGUCCAAGAGGUUGUGACGUUUCGAUUCAUGGAAGCUACGAUUAUCUGGCUUGAUCUGAUUGCAUCUAUUACCUCGGGAGCAUCUCCGACACUCCUACAAGUGCACUCCGAGACUUUCCGCCCUCACUCUCCGACAAAGCUUGAGAAGAUCGUCGGCUGUCCAAACUGGCUCGCCAUCCAAAUUGGGAGGACGGCGGAUUUGCAUGCUCGCAUGGCCGACGCUCAACGGCUUGGCAUGCGGGUUGAUCGCGCUCGGCUUCUCCAGGAAUACGACUCUAUCCAUGCGGAGAUCCAGUCCGGCGUCGAGGAAACGACGAAGUCGAAAUCUGGAUCUUCCGUUCUCUCAGUUUUCAUUCCCGCAAUGGUAUUCCCGCACAUGGCCAUCAUCUACCUGCAUCUUGUCGUCCACGGUUUUCAAGAGUUAGAUCGCUUGGGCGGUGUCCUCUCCGAAGCUAUGCAGAUACUUCGAAAUGAAGUCCCGUGUAAUGUUCUGUCUGCAAUGAUUGCUCCUCUUUUUAUCAUUGGGUGUGUUGCUCGACAGGAUGGGGAGCAGGGGUAUAUACGGACGGUCCUCUCUGCUGCACCGGUGAUACAGCCAUUACUCAAACAUAGGAGUCGGAUAUUACCUGCUCUUGAAGAAGUGUGGAUAGGAAGGCAGACGCCGGGUUUCGGAUGGGGCGAUGCGAUACGGAGGUGUGGUGACCUGCUCCUCGUCUAGAAUUGUACAUGACGAUGAGACCAUACAAGCCCUGAGCUCCCGUCCCUGUGAUAUGAAUGACGAUUUAAUAUUAUUAAUAGCCUAGGAAAUACCAACACAAUGAGAAGCCUACUUCUCAAGCCGACCCAUCCACAGUCUUGGGAGCAUUCUCCACAAAGAGUGUUCUGCGUGCAUACGCGACCAUGAAGCUAGGCAGCUUCAUACUCCCCAGAUGACCAGUCCCAGCCUUCUUCCCGAUCUGCACAGCGAGCACAUCUACCCGCAUGAAGCCAAUGGCAUUAGUAAAUCCAUUCCACACAUCUUCAAUUCAAGUACAUAGCGUGAAGGGCAAAACUCACCAGACGCUGACGCCUUAUACGCCCCCACAGCACCUCCCUUCCCCGCAACACCCAGAACAAUACUCUUCGCAAGGUACUUGGUCUGCGCCUUGACAUGGAAAGCCUGUGGGGCCUGCAUAUUCGAGACGUCCCCGAUCGCAUACACGUCUUUUGUCCCCGUGACGCGCAAGUACUGAUCUACCCGCACAAAACCGUCGGCGUCGAGGAUUUCGGCGGGGAGGAACGAGGUAUUGGGCUUCACGCCGAAGGUCGGGAUGUACAUGUCGACGACUAGUUCUUCACCGUUGGAUAGGGUUAUCUUCCAGGUACCGUCGGCGAGUUUGGUUUCGUUUGUAACUUUUGUAUUCAGGCGGACGUCGACGUUUAGGGCGCGCAGCUGUGAUUCGGCGGUUUUGGGGACGGAUGGUGGACGGUUGGGGCCGGGGAGGAUCGUUGGUGUUGCUGAGGCCUGUGGGUUGAUUGACAGCAGUUAGCUUAUGACGGUAUAGGUGUUUGUCCAGGGGAAGAGGGGGAAUGACGCACCAAGAUAAUCUUCUUGUCACUCCCAAACUCAAACGCCAACUCUCCCGCCGUCUCCACGCCCGUUGGUCCAGCUCCAACAACAAGUAUGCUUUUCGCGGCCCGGACAAGGCGCUGGUACUCGUGCAGCGCGGUCUUCGUUGCCUCGGUCGACCCCCGCGACUUGAACGGCGUGGCAACUUUCGUGUCGGAGCCCGUACAUAACACGAGAAUGUCGUAGCUGAUGUGGAUCUUCUUCCCACCGUCUUCCUCACCUGCAACAGCAGCAACAACAGUUACCUCCUUACUCGCAACAUCCACCCCAACCGCACUCCCAAGGACAAGCUCAAACACUUUCUUCGGAUACUGCCUGAACCCCUCCGCAACAGGGACGAAUAGUUUCUCGUCGGGAACUUCUGCAGCACUCGCCACGGCGCGCGGGGCGGCGAGAUUCCAAUAGAGAUGCGUGUCCCGGCUAAUGAGUGUGAUUUUUGCUGGAGACGAGGCCGACUUGGAGGUUUGUUUUAGGAUUUGGUGUGCUGUGCUCAGGCCCGCGUAGGAGCCGCCGAUUAUGACGAUGUUUUUCAUUUUGGAGGGUGUGGUGGGUGUUGGUUGCGGUUGGAUGAAGUAAUUGAGGGUCAGGAGGUGGAAGGGGAGUAUGAAGAAGUUCUGGAAGAGUGAGUAGAGGAAAGAGAGCAUUGUACGUGAUUUAAAUCGAGAUUUUGCUAGGUCUUGCAGAGGAGCUGGAUAUAUAGUUCUAGACGAAAGGGGGUUUUGCUACUUUUUUUUCCCCCUGCUUGACGAAGUCG